GGCCUAGAUCGGUGUGGGCUGGGGGAGGACCAAUUGCAACUUAAAACAGGGGUCGUCCGUUGGUCGAUGUUCCGCAACCUUAGCGGAAGUCACCACCAGCGGAAGUCACCACCCGUGGAAGAGCGUCAUUCUCAAGUUAGGCACCAUAUAUAAAGCUGUAUCAGCGCACCGGAGCUGUUCAAUUGGCGUUAUUGGGCUGCGUCGCAGACUACUUUUAUUUCCAUCAUUGCUUCUCUUGGAUGAAUAUGUCAACCCACCAGCAUCACUUCGUGCCGACAUGGCACCAUACCACUUAUCCCGCGAUUUCGGAAAAUGACCCAGCUUUGAGCGCUAAAGGCAAAAUCGUAUUCAUCACUGGAGGUGGUCGAGGCAUUGGUCGUGCAGUCGCUAAAUCAUUUGCCAUUGCCAAGGCUGAUGGGAUUUUCUUGAUCGGAAGAAACGAGAAUGACCUGUUUCAGACGGCAAAAAUUGCUAUCAAGGCUGCGCGCGAGGAUUCGAGAUCCACCACAACAAUCCGAUUCACUAUUGCAGAUAUUUCCGACACUCAUGCUGUAUCUGUGGCGGUACAGCAAGCCAUUUCGGUUUACGGACGAAUCGAUGUACUUGUCCAAAAUGCAGGAUACUUGGACUCGCAUCGUUCGGUGGUCGAUUCUGAUCUGGAAGACUAUUAAGAGUUUCUGAAGUCAAAGCCCAACACUGGCGCCACUCUCAUAAACAUUAGCUCAGGGGCCGGUCACCUUCCCUACAUUCCCGGAUAUUCGUCAUACUCUGCAUCGAAGCUCAGCCUGGCCAAGAUUGUCGAAUAUGUACAAUACGAGAACCCUUCUUUGCGUGUCUUCAACAUCAAUCCUGGUGCAAUUGCGACCGAGAUGCAGGCUAAAUCGGGUGGUUUGGCUGCGCCUGACGAUAUUGGUAUG